AUGCUAAGUGUCAUUCCAAGCUCAAACACUCCAUUAACGGCCAUAAUUUCGCAACAUUUGGAAGGGUCAACGGCCGGCGAUUCCAGGUGUUUUCAAGGCGAGAAACAUUUCCAGAUUUGGGUUGAGUUGACUCGUCCUUUACCAGGUUAUUAUCAAUGUAUCCGCGUCCAUGGUAACGAACCGACACUUGCAAUCCAAGUUUUAGAAUCGAUUGCAUCAUUGAGUUUCAAAACUUGUGAUUUGAGCAACCAUAUCUUAACUAUGGAGAAAAGAGGAGGAAAUAUGGUCCCAAGCUCACCCUCACACACCCCAAGGUCCAGUGACAAGGCAGCAAGAGAUAUCAGACCAGAAGUACAAAUGAAUGGUAAACAUGAUAGAGAAAAAGGUGUUAAUGUUCAAGUCAUUGUGCGAUGCAGACCAUUGAGUGAUGAUGAGACAAAAGCACACACACCAGUAGUGAUUACAUGUACUGAGAACAAGAAAGAAGUUUGUGCAGUUCAACAUAUAGCUAACAAACAGAUUGAUAGAUCAUUUGUGUUUGACAAGGUAUUUGGUCCAAACUCUCAACAAAGGGACUUGUAUCAUGCAGCUGUCUCUCCCAUAGUUUUUGAAGUUCUUGAAGGAUACAAUUGCACUAUAUUUGCUUAUGGCCAAACAGGAACUGGAAAAACAUACACAAUGGAAGGAGGAGGGAGGAAGAAGAAUGGGGAAUUCCCAAGUGAUGCAGGAGUCAUUCCAAGAGCUGUACGACAAAUAUUUGAUAUAUUAGAAGCUCAAAAUGCAGAAUACAGUAUGAAAGUUACAUUCUUGGAACUUUACAAUGAGGAGAUAACGGAUCUUUUGGCUAUUGAAGAAACUUCAAAGUUUCCUGAAGAUAAAUCUAAGAAACCAAUAGCACUCAUGGAGGAUGGAAAAGGAGGUGUGCUUGUAAGAGGUUUGGAAGAGGAGAUAGUUUCAACAGCAGAUGAAAUUUAUAAAAUCUUAGAGAAAGGAUCUGCUAAAAGACGUACAGCAGAGACCCUUUUGAAUAAACAAAGUAGUCGUUCUCACUCCAUAUUUUCUAUCACAAUUCACAUUAAGGAAAGAACUCCAGAAGGAGAAGAGAUUAUUAGAUGUGGAAAGCUGAAUCUUGUUGAUCUUGCUGGUUCUGAGAAUAUUUCUAGGUCUGGUGCUAGAGAGGGAAGAGCAAGGGAAGCUGGUGAGAUAAACAAGAGUUUGCUUACACUUGGCAGAGUCAUAAAUACAUUAGUUGAGCAUUCAGGACAUAUACCUUAUAGGGAUAGUAAGUUAACAAGGUUGUUGAGAGAUUCCUUAGGAGGGAAAACAAAGACAUGCAUAAUUGCAACUAUCUCCCCCUCUAUCCAUUCUUUGGAAGAGACACUCAGCACUUUAGACUAUGCUCAUCGAGCAAAAAACAUCAAGAACAAACCAGAGAUUAAUCAGAAGAUGAUGAAAUCUGCAAUGAUGAAGGAUCUGUACUCUGAGAUUGAACGACUCAAGCAAGAGGUCUAUGCUACAAGAGAGAAGAAUGGAAUCUACAUACCGAAAGAUAGAUAUCUACAGGAAGAAGAAGAGAAGAAGGCAAUGGUGGAAAAAAUAGAACGCAUGGAACUCGAUGCUGAGUCAAGGGGCAAGCAAUUUAUGGAGCUUCAGGAGCUUUAUAACUCUCAGCAGCUAGUGAAUGCAAAUUUAACUGGAAAACUUGAGAGGACAGAAAUAAAGCUCCAAGAAACUGAACAUUCAUUGUUGGAUCUUGAAGAAAGGCAUAGACAAGCAAAUAUAACAAUCAAAGAAAAAGAAUUUCUUAUCUUCAACCUUCUAAAGUCUGAAAAAGCUCUUGUUGAGCGUGCAUUUGACCUUCGAUCAGAGCUUGAGAACGCUUCAUCAGACGUGUCAAAUCUGUUCACCAAGAUUGAGAGAAAGGACAAAAUAGAAGAUGGAAACAGAAUUCUUGUCCAACAAUUCCAAUCUGAGUUGACUCAACAACUUGACAUCUUGCAUAAAAGUGUAGCAGCUUCUGUCACACAACAAGAACAACAGCUUAAAGGCAUGGAAGAAGAUAUGCAAUCAUUUGUAUCAACCAAGGGUCAAGCUACUGAAGAACUCAGAGUUGGUUUACACAAGUUGAAAUCAUUAUAUGGUUGUGGUAUUAAUUCCCUUGAUAAUCUAGCAAAUGAAGUCAACGGAAAUUCACAGUCAACACUCGAACAUCUUAAUUCUCAAGUCUCCCAAAAUUCUUCUGCUCUUGGAAACCUUUUUAAGGGUAUUGCAUCAGAAGCUGAGGAUUUACUUAAUGAUCUUCAAAACAUUCUCCAUAGCCAAGAAAAUAAACUAGCCACAUACGCACAACAACAACAAGAGGCACAUUGUAGAGCUGUUGAAACCUCGAGGGCUAUUUCUGGCAUUACUGCAAACUUUUUUGUUACCCUGGACAUGCAUGCAACGAAAUUGACAGAAAUUAUUGAAGAGGGCCAAACUGUAAAUGACCAAAAGUUAUCUGAACUUGAAAGGAAGUUUGAGGAGUGUGCUGCUAAUGAAGAAAGACAACUACUUGAAAAAGUUGCAGAACUUCUUGCAGUUUCAAAUGCUAGGAAGAAAGAACUGGUUACAACAUCAGUAAAUGGUCUACGAGAAAGUGCAGUUACUAGAACCAAAACAUUCCAACAAGAAAUGUCAACCAUGAAAGAAUCAAACUCUUGUGUCAGAAUCCAAUGUACAAAUUUCACUAAAAAGACAGAAACCCACUACCUUGAAGACACUACUUCGGUUGAAAUCGGAAAGAAAAACCUAAAUGAUGUUCUUCAAAAUUGUUUGCAAAAGGUAAAAAUGGGGUCACAACAAUGGAGUAAAGCUCAAGAAUCUUUGCUCAGUUUGGAGAACAACAAUGUGGCUUCUGUGGAUGAAAUAGUUAGGGAAGGAUUAAAAGCGAAUCAAAGUUUGCGCUCCCAAUAUUCGGUUGCAGCAUCAUCGGCGCUUAAUGAUACAAAUGUCGCAAGCAAUGACCUCCUGUCUUCAAUUAAUCAUUCUUUAGAGCUUGAUCAUGAUGCAUGUCGGAAUCUUGAUUCCAUGAUUGUUCCUUGUUGUGGAGAAUUGAGGGAAUUGAAAGGUGGACACUACGAUAAGAUUGUGGAGAUCACAGAUAAUGCAGGAAAAACCCUUCUGAAUGAUUACACGGUUGAUGAAGAGUCAUGCUCGACUCCAAGAAAGAGGGAAUUCAAUCUACCAACCACCACUUCCAUUGAAGAGCUGCGGACCCCACCAUUUGAUGAGUUAUUGAAAUAUUUUUGGGAUUCAAAAUCAUCGUCUCCAAGGCUGAUAUUAAAUGGGGGCGAUGCAAAGCAUCUUGAAGCUGGUGCUCAUUCCAUGAGAGACUCACGAUACCCCCUCACUGCUGUUAAUUGAUCCACGGGAAAAAGGAUGAUCAUCUCUCUUUGAGGAAACUGUAUAUAAAUAUAUAUAAUAUAUGAUAUGAUUACUACACAAUAUCCUAUUCUUUAUACAUACAAUACAGUAGGUUUAAAUUUAGGUUUGGAUCUCCAAUAUUUCUGGGGUUCUGGUGUUGUUUGUUGAAAUAUGGUGUAUGAUUCUUGUGUAUGUAUUGAGAAAGAUUGAAAUCAGAAGGUUGUGGGAAAAAAUCAGAAUCGAUUUAUU